ACGGGCCGGGGCGGGGCACGGCGGCAGGAAGCGGGGCGGGGACUCGCGGAGGCGUUGGGGAGCGAAGGAGGGCGCGGCCAACUCCCAGAGGGACAGCAGGCCGGGAGAGCGGCGCUGGUGCCUGGCGCGGAGCCUCAGCCCGCCGGACGGGAGGCAGCGCCGCCACAGGUCCGGCCUCGGCCCCCAGCCCCGCCAGCAUGGCCGGCCGGACCGUGCGGGCCGAGACCCGGAGCCGGGCCAAGGAUGACAUCAAGAAGGUGAUGGCGACCAUCGAGAAGGUCCGGAGAUGGGAGAAGCGCUGGGUGACUGUGGGUGACACUUCCCUUCGUAUCUUCAAGUGGGUGCCAGUGGUGGACCCCCAGGAAGAGGACCGACGACGGGCAGGGGGUGGUGCAGAGAGAUCCCGUGGCCGGGAGCGACGGGGCAGGGGCGCCAGCCCCCGAGGGAGUGGUCCUCUCAUCCUGCUUGAUCUCAAUGAUGAGAACAGCAACCAGAGUUUCCAUUCAGAAGGGUCCCUGCAAAAGGCCGAGCCCAGCCCUGGGGGCACCCCCCAGCCCAGCCGCCCAGAAUCACCUGCUGGACCCCCAGAUGGGGUCCCAGAAGAGGCUCAGCCCCCACAGCUGGGCCAGGAGAGAGAUCCUGGGGGCAUAACUGCGGGCGGCACCGAUGAACCCCCGAUGCUGACCAAGGAGGAGCCUGUUCCAGAAUUGCUGGCUGCUGAGGAUCCAGGAGUGAGAAUAACAAGGAGAGCCCUCCAAGAAAAAGGCCUGAAGACAGAGCCUAUCAGGAGGCUCCUCCCCCGGAGAGGCCUCCGGACCAAUUCCCGGCCCAGUCCAGCAUUGCCGGUGCCAGAUACCAGAGCUUCUGGAGGAGGAAACAAGGCCCUGAGGGGACCCAGGACAAGCCCGCAGGGGAAGGGAAGGUGA